UUCACUUAGUCACUCUCAUUCUCUCUCAAUCUGAAACCACAAGGAAAGAAAGAAAGGAGAGAAAGAAACAGAGGAAGAGGGGGAAGAGGAGGGAAGAGAGAGACCGCACGACAAGGCUUGGUCCUGCUACCGCCAUUGCCAUCCCCGUUGUGUCGUUGUCACAGAGAAGAGAGGGAGACAGAAGAGGAGCCCGCGCACGAGAGAGAAAGAACUAGACACUACGAUAGAGAAGAAUGGAGCUGUACCGCUGUCACUGCCGAGCAACUGCCACCGUCGGAGCGUGCCAUUGAGGCUGAUAGAUGCUAGAUCCCUUGCCUGCUUUGCGUUCUGCCCUUUCUCUGCUUUGCUGGGGGCGGAGCCCUGCCUCUCCGCGGUUCGUCAAAGCUUGUGGUGUUGCUGCGGGAGUCACUGCUAGAGGAGAGGAACUGGCGCCACCGCAGUUCUGUUGUGUCCUUUACCGUCGAUGCUGGAGAGGAUCACCUGAGCUGCUCAUGCUCAUUUCCUUUAGAAUGAAGCUUAUGUUGAUGCAGUUGCAACUUUCUGCUGCCCACAUCCAAAGAUUCGUGCUCUUUCAUUCCAGUUUACUUCAACCUUCUUCACCUUUUAUCUUGGAACUCCCGGUUUGGUCUCUUCGGUCCCUUGGGACCAAUUUGGAUGAACUAAUUAACAUUGUGGAGCCUUAAUUUGCUUGUCAUUUGAAUUUAAUUAAAGAUAAAUAGGAGAUAACAAGAUAGUUCUUAGUUUGCUUCUGUUUUGCUUGCUAUUUAGAUUCACUAAUCCAUCUUCAUUAAACACAAUGUAAUAGUUCUUUCACUACCUUGCAUGUAAUUGUUUGUAGUUCUUGAUUUAUCUUUUGUUCCUUUUUGGAUCUUGGAUAUAAAACAUUUCAAAGUGCUGAGUAAAAGCAUUUGCUUCAUUGUUACAUGUUAUUUCCCUUUAAAUUCCUUGCAUUCCUUUGAUUAACUGUUGUACUGAAUUUGGACAUUUAUGAGGAUUCAGGAUUGUCAAUAUUUGAAGGAAAUUGUCAAGUUUUAUUACAUUUUUCUCUAUGUUUGGACAAUACAAUCAGCAUAAACAUAAUAUAGAAGAGGAGUAUGAAUGGAUCGGUUUGGCCCUUUAUUUGCUAUUGUUAUGGAAUAUGGUGUUUGAUGAAUUCAACUAUUGAUUUGUCAUUUUUGCUUUUGAACCUUGGUUUGCAAUUGUCGCAUCUAAUUCAAUUCCAAAUUUCACACUUGAUUUUCAAUAAUACAAAGGAAAAAUUAUUUGUAUUUCUCACAUACUCUUCCAACAAAGAUCACAACAUUCAGGCCAAAAAAAAAAAUUCUAUUUAUAGGAAAACAAAAAUUGCCUACUUGAAAAAAAAAUGUUAUAUGCUUGUUAUUUGGUAAUAUUAUUAAUUGAGAAAGAAAACUUUACGAUUUUUGCACCCUUUUUCCCUUCUAGUAAGAAACACUUUAUGAGAGUUGCUCAACUCUACUUUUAUAUAGGCAGAUUACUGAUCCUUAGUUUGCUAUUGUUAUGUGUUCUGAGAUUGCUGAUUAUUAUUGCUUCUCAAUGUAAUGGUAUUUUUACUCUGCUAUAUUCGCUGCAUCACAUCCUCUAUUUUGACCAUCAGUUGCCUACUUCAACUUUAAGGCAUCAAAAUAUAACUCAUUUUAUAGUCAAAUACAAUUUACUUACAACUACUUGUUUGUGGUUCAAUUUAUUAACUCAAAGGAGUUGUACAAUGCUUUUAGGUAGAAAUGUUAAAGAAAAAUCUUUGUUCAAAGUUACUUUCCAAUGAUUAACACCACCUAUUUUUUUUAUUAACUUUAUAGGAGGCCUUUGCCCCAAAAAAAAAAAAAUUUUUUUUUCUCUUUAAUACAACUUGAUUCUCUUUCAACCACAUUCCAUUUACUUAUGCAUAUCCUUAUUUUAUUGUGCACCUAGGUAUCCUCCAAAGAUCUUAAGGAAAAAAACCCUUGCCCCUACCUACUAUUAAGCACCAAUUUAUGAACCCUGUAUCCUUUGUUUCAACUUAAUUUUGUUUGACGUGAUAGUAUUUAUGCGAUUUUUCAUUUCCUUUGAAAUGUUCGUCUCAUAUUUUUCCUUUGAGCAUGUGAAAUGACUCUCUUAGUUUUAUCCAUUGUUAAUGAAUGUCCUAUUUGAUUGUGUUCUUAAUCAUUCUCUUAAAUCUUUGUG